AUGAAACUUGAUUUGCUGCAGGGGUGUCUGCUCAGGCUAGUGCUUACAUGUAUCUAUGUGCCUCAGCCUUUUCAGAUUAUGGCUUCCAAGUAUUCCAUUUUCGCCACAUUUUUGAUACUGUUCGGCCCGGCUCUUUGUCAGAGUGUAAAUGGUGAACAUUAUAAUAGCCCGAGUGCUGGUCCUCCAUCUAGCUUCUUCACUGCUGCAGCGACCUUACCUAUCGCUGCACUGCAGACAGCGGCCUCGAAGGCUAGUAAGGCUGCGAAAGAUGCAACGUACCCCAUCAACAAUAGUGAUGGAGCGGCAAAUGUCACGAUUCACAGUGACUGGUUGAAUUAUAGCCAGGGUGCUGCUUUUGUCUGGAUUGCCGACAUGGAUGUAGACUGUGAUGGUAUUGACUACAAGUGCAAGGGUAAUGAAGAUGGACAAUCGGAAACCAACUUCGGUGCCCUAGCAGCAUACGAAGUUCCGUGGAUUGUCAUUCCUGAUAAAUUUGGCACGACCUACCAAAGUGCACUACCUGGAAACAACAUCGGUGCAGUUAUCUGCGAUGGCAAGAUGUUUUACGGUAUCUAUGGUGAUUCUGACGGAGAUGACCCGCAAGUGAUCGGCGAGGCAUCUUGGUUAAUGGCACGCACUUGUUUUCCCAAUGAUGAUCUGAAUGGAAAUGCCGGCCACGGUAGUGUCGAUGUGACUUAUAUUCUCUUCACUGGAUCGGACACUGUGCUGUUUAGCAGCGCUCUGAGUACCAACUACAUCACUAACUUCAGCACUUUACGGUCUAAGGGUGAUAUCCUGAUGGCUCAGCUUGUGAAGAAUCUUGAUCUCUCAUCUGACUCGACAACGAGCACUACCUAG